CAAGGCUUUGAGCGAAACGUAUAUUAUUUUCUUGAACAUUUAUUUUUGUGAGUUUUUAAAUCAUAAUGUUGAACAUCAUAUUUAUACAGUAAAAACAAUAUUUUAAAAUAGAAACUUUCUAAAUUAAACAAAGAUAAGUGGAAGGGUUGUUCAUGUAGUUGUAUGUAACCACUGUAUUAUAGAUGUUUUAGAAUGGAUGGAACCUCAGCAUUUUACUCUAAAAGUGAAGAAGCCAUUGAACGUGAGGUGAUAGCAGGAGGUCAUCAAACUGACCAGUCACAAAUUGAUGUUGUUUAUGAAAUUAACUGUUGUGUUGAAUGGAUAAAGAAUGCAGGGUUUUUAAGGGUAGCUUUACAGUUUCCUGAUGACUUGAUGAAAGAUGCAGUUUCUGUGACCACAAGGCUUGAAACAUUGCUUCCAACUGGUUAUACAGUGUUCAUACUUGGUGAUACUUCUUAUGGCAGUUGUUGUGUUGAUGAGGUGGCAGCGCAACACUACAAUGCCAGUGCCUUGAUACACUACGGACGAUCAUGUCUUAGUCAGCCAGUCAAGAUGCCUGUACUGUUUGUGUAUGGAAGAUUACCAUUACACAUUGAUGAUUGUAUAUGUAAAUUUUCCUGUCUAUAUCCAGAUGUGACAUCUAGUGUUAUCAUAGUUUAUGAUACUGUCUACUUGUAUACAUGUGAUGAAAUAUUAAACAAAUUACAAAGCAAGUAUGAAAACUGUGUUAUGUCAACUAUAAGAGGAGAAGGUACAUCAGCUGAUACAACAGAUGGCGAGCCUGGUAAAUUUAAAACAAUAACAAAAUGUGGCAGAACUAUUAGUCUUCCAGGUGACAAGGCUCUCAGUGAAUACUCAAUGUUUUACAUUGGAGGAGAAAGUUUGACAUUGAAUAAUCUAAUAUACAACUUUCAGUCAAGUCAGUUCUUCUCGUAUAAUCCAUGUACUAAAGAAGGAAGGAGAGAAAAUGUAAAUGUAAAUAAACUUUUGAUGAAAAGAUAUUUUAUGGUAGAAAAAGCAAAAGAUGCUAAAAUAGUAGGAAUUUUAAUAGGAACACUAGGUGUGGCUAAUUACUCUGAUAUGCUAAAUAGGUUGAAAGUUUUAACAAAAAAGGCAGGGAAAAAGAGUUAUGUUUUUAUAGUAGGUAAAAUAAAUGUGCCAAAAUUAGCAAACUUUAUGGAGAUAGAUGUAUUUGUGCUGAUAGCGUGUGCAGAGAACACACUUCUAGACUCGUCAGAGUUUUAUAAACCAGUGAUAACACCGUACGAGAUGGAGCUAGCAUGUAACACAGAAAGAGAAUGGACUGGUGAAUACCCAACAGACUUCGGUCAACUUCUAGAAGGAGGAAGCCAUCAUCAAUCAAUACCAGAUACCUUUCAUCAAGAUGAGACUGACAUUUCCUUGGUUACAGGAAAGAUUCGGACAUUAGGACAUGGAGAUGAUAAUAUAGAGACUGGACAAUCACUUGUUCUCAGGUCUGAAGCUAUGACUGUUGCUACUCAAACUGAAUCUGCAGGAGAAUUUCUGAAAAUGCGAUCAUGGCAAGGUUUAGAACAACAGUUGGGAGAAACACCAGUUACAAUGGCAGUGGAAGGACAGAAAGGCAUUGCUAUGGGAUACAGUGAUGAACCUACAUGAUUUGAAAUAUUUAGAAUUCUGUUAUACAUGUAUUUAGAAUCAGUAAAAUUUUUAAUUUACA